GGCACUUGAACAACCAGCAGCACCACCCCCUCUCAUGGCUAUGUUCAAGUUAUAGUUGGAGGAAUUCCGGUGUGUUUUUCGAUGAAGAUGAAGAAAGAAGACAUCACUCGAGGACUAAAGUUCGGCGGUGCUCUAAAGAAAGAUGAUGUAACGGCUUGCGUGGGAAACAAAGUUUUGCCCGUUAAUGAAUCGACCACCACAUCUUCAUCGUCAAAAAACCCGAAUUCUAUUCUUGAUAUGAUGAACAAAAAAGGAGAUAAAACAAAAACCAUGUCUAGAAUGAAAGAGUUGUUGAGGUGGGCUGCUGCUGCCAAAUCUGAAAAGGGUGGGAAAUACAUUGCAAGAAAGGUGUCUCAGUUUAGAAACAAAGUGACACUGAAAACAAUACAAGAUGAUGAUAAAAUGACCAACGACUCUCCAAAGAUUAGUUUCAGAUGGGAAGUAGAAAGUUGUUCGACAUUUUCGUCUGCAUUAUCGGUUUCUUCGACAAAUAAGAAUGAUCAACACGUUAACUUUGAAAUUCAUUCGAAUCCUGAUGGAAAUUCGAGCAUUGUAACCUUGAGAUCAGGAAGCUGGAUCACAACCGAUUCAGAUUUUGUUGUGUUGGAGCUUUAACUGGCGUACGACAUUAUAAUGUAAUGUUUUUUUGUUUGGGACUUCCAGCUUCCUGCUGGUCCCUUUGUUCUAUUUUAUGAUUAUAAUAAAAUAGUUGCGGUUCAAAAAAAAAACUGUGGUAUGAGUAACAAGUGAAGCUUAUGAAAAUUAACUGGUUUUAAGGAUGGAGACGGUUAGAAGUUAUUGUUAAAAUCUUAUGUUGUUUUCUUAAGACAAAUGUUUAUGUUA